UUAUAAAACCCACCCCCAUGUUGAAAACCCUCCGCAUCGCAUUGGGUUGCCUUGAGAAACGCGUUCACUUAACUCUUCUCUUCUUCCUUCGCUCGCCGAUUCCAAUCGCCUUCGAUUCGAAGUUAUGGCUUCCGCGUCCAGUUACAAGCGGUGGAUCAGGCCCGAGGUGUUUCCUCUGUUCGCUUCCGUCGGGGUGGCUAUCGGAAUCUGCGGAAUGCAAUUGGUCCGUAACAUUUGCAUCAAUCCUGAAGUCAGGGUGACAAAAGAGCACAGAGCUGCUGGUGUGCUGGACAACCAUGCAGAAGGGGAGAGGUAUUCUGAGCAUGCUCUCAGGAAGUAUGUCCGCAACAGAGCUCCUGAAAUCAUGCCAUCCAUCAACAGCUUCUUUGCCGAUCCUAAAUAUUAAUAUUACUUAUUCAUUCAUCCAGACCAGAGAGAGCAGACAAAUGCUUGCUUAUUGCUGCUUUGGCAGUUUCCAUUUCCCAUUGAGCCCAAAUGUUAUUGGGGAUUCAACCGCAAUAAGUUGCAACUCGAUUGUUAUUAUUAUUAUUUGAAAGAAACCGAACCAAUUCAUGGAUUUCGUA